GCCUGCGCCAAGCGCCGGAGCCCUGGGGUUGGGCAGAGCCUAGUUCCGUGCAACUUUCAAGUGAGUUGCAAACUCCGCCCCGAGGCCGGUAUCCGUGGCAGGGCCCGCUGAGACCGCGGGGACCCGAACGAGCGAAGGCCGUGAUCCCCACCCGCGGCCCAGGACCCGCAGCAGCGCCACGGCGAGAGCCGAACACCUGGUUCCCCGCAGCAGGAAGUGCAGGGCUGAGCCGUAACUGCCCCAGGAGCGCCGCGGGGCGAAAGAACGCGCCCGCCCUUACCGGCUCGCAAGUCGGUUCCUCCGAGCCCUGGCCUCCUCGCUUCAGCCCACGGGUCUCCCCACUCUUCAGGCUCCGCGCACUGCUGAGUGAGGGGGUGGCGGGCUCCGCCUCUGCCAAGGGGCAGCCCGAGCGCCCCUCUGGUUCCUGCACUUCCACUAAUUACCCCAUCCCAGACCCGCGUGAGCGUCCCUCUCUGGUCAUCUUCUUGCGGAGGUUCCCCCUUCGUGCCGAGGCUGCAGGAUGGUGUCCUGGAUACUCUGUCGCCUGGUGGUGUUGGUGUUUGGGAUGCUGUACCCAGCGUAUGCUUCCUACAAGGCUGUGAAGACCAAAAACAUUCGUGAAUAUGUGCGAUGGAUGAUGUACUGGAUAGUCUUUGCACUGUUCAUGGCGGUGGAGACCUUCACGGACAUCUUUAUCUCCUGGUUCCCUUUCUACUAUGAGAUCAAGAUGGCCUUUGUACUGUGGCUGUUGUCACCUUACACCAGAGGGGCCAGCCUGCUUUACCGCAAGUUUGUCCACCCGUCCUUGUCCCGUCAUGAGAAGGAGAUUGACACCUGUAUUGUCCAGGCCAAGGAGCGCAGCUAUGAGACGGUGCUCAGCUUUGGGAAACGGGGCCUCAACAUUGCUGCUUCAGCCGCUGUGCAGGCUGCCACCAAGAGUCAGGGUGCUCUGGCCGGAAGGCUGCGGAGCUUCUCCAUGCAGGACCUGCGCUCCAUCCCCAAUGACCCUGCUCCCACCUACCAAGAUCCCCUCUACCUGGAGGACCAAGUCCCUUGCCACAGGCCACCCAUCGGGUACCGGGCAGGGGGUCUGCAGGACAGUGACACCGACGAUGAGUGUUGGUCAGAUACCGAGGUAGUCCCCCAGCCACCUGCUCGACCCCGAGAGAGACCUCUGAGCCGCAGCCAAAGCCUGCGUGUGGUCAAAAGGAAGCCGCUGGCGCGGGAGGGUACCACCUCGCGUUCCCUGAAGGUUAGGACAAGGAAGAAGACCAUCUCUUCGGACAUGAACAGCUAGGGUCUGUGGAGCCUGGUCCAGUCUUACCUCUCUUGCCUUAUGAGGCGCUGGGGGCUGUUUGGAAGAGACCUCUGGUGGCACGUCUGAUCUGUCUAAGGCAGCUGCUCAGGCUCUGUCCUCCUGGCUCCCAAGCUGCUGGGGCCAUGCACGGGGCUAUACCUGUAAUGUACCAAAGCGGGCUGUUCCCAGGAUUCUAUUUAUUGCCUUUCUCCUCCUUCUCCCCUCUUGGGUGUGUGGGACCAGAGCCCUUCCCAAACCUCUGCAAGUGAAACCAAAAGUCCACCCAGCCAUGUUCAUUCCUUUCUGUCCUUCAAAGUACUUGACAGCCUCCUCCAAGGCCCUGUGUGUGUGUGUGUGUCCUGGUUGUGUGUCUUGUGUUGCUGAAUGUGGUCAGGUUUAUGCACGUUUUGGUAAAUAAACACAUAAAAGUGU